UCCAUGUGACACUCCUGUGACUUGGCCUUCAUUGAGUCGCUAUCAUUCGGCGACCUCGCGACUGAAGGAAGAAGCAUCCCGACUAUAUCCGACUACCUGAUAGUACAGACCGCCAAUUGAGAAACACCCACUACAUAUCAACACCCACUCAUACACACCCACACCAUAUAUCAGCAUGGCUGUCAAAAUCUCCCAGUCCGCCUUGAAGAAGUCCAGUGCACCGCCGCACUUGAGCCGACAAGACUCCUACAGUGCUCAACGCGACCAGACCGCCUCCUCGCGACAAGUCAAUGCCACAUUGGUCCUAGCCAGUGUGGCCUCACGAGCAUCGUCUCCCGGUCGGAAAAGUCCCACGAGCCCUUUACCGUCGCCGGGAGUCAAUGGUGGCGGACGAAGAACCAGCUGGGAAGAUUGCAAAGUGAAACGUGACGGCUACGUCUCCUUUCCCGAUUUCGACGACCCGCAAGCCUCGCAACGAACGUGAUGUUCUUUGUUGCUUUUUCCCCUUCCAGUUACCUUGACUGCCAAAGGGGACAGUUCUUUUGCAUCAUGGUACUGCUGCUGGGGUGGAGGGGCAGUUCGAGGGUUCUACUACUACGACUACGACAUACCUUACAGUACUUUGAUUGACCUGGCAAGGCUUACCAUCCGGGAGAUCUAUACCUACCUAACCUACCUUACCUGACCUUACUUGAGGGCCCAAUGAUCAUGUACAUUGGACUCCCCCAUCACACGAGAUCAUUGAGUCUAUGAAGAUCGAAAAUCCCUACUACUCUACGUCGUCACUACCGACAUACACACACAUCUAUUGGCAGGACGACGAAAUCCAUGUCUCUUCGUUGUCGUUGUUGUUGUUGAAGAAGAUGAAGACGACUGGACACCACUUCGCAACAAACACGUCACCGACACUGUUAUCGACACGCACACACCAAAAGCCCCACAGGACAGACAGACAGACAGCCAAAGGUGUUUGUUGUCACAAACACUGCAGCGCAAGAUCGGGUGUUUUUGGAGACCACAGCCAGCCAGUUCCCUCCCUCUUUACCCUUACCUACAGUAGGUAAGGUACAGAGGUAACACCCGAAAUUUCUCCCCAACGGUUCUGCAGGCGGCCCACGAUUUGGAAAAAAGAAAAAAAAAGGCAAAUGCAACCAAACCAAACCAGGCUGCUGAUGAUUCAUCCGAUCUCACCACACCAAACCAACAACAAGGAAAUCGGGAAAAGAAAAAAAGAAAAAAAGAAAAGUCAACAUGGGGAAAGGUUGCCCGCAUUUGCAGCAGGCGUGCAGGGUAUGUACCUUUCCAACUUCCCUGCGAGUACACGUGGGGCGGAAACGUUCAAAGUUUGGUGGCGGCAAGGGGAUGAACGAGUGAAUGAAUGAAUGAACGAACAAGUGGAUCAUGGAUAGAUGGGAUGAAUGACUGGAUGGGUGACGUGACGCCGGUGUUGGUGGUGAAGCCUAUGAAAGGGGUGCCAAAAUUACUACACCUGAGUUGAGGUACAUGUACCCUGUAGGUACCUUACCACAUACCUACCUUAUGCGUUGUCAUCAGCAAACAGCAACAGCAACAAUCUACGACUUCUUCCUCGACCCCUUUGUCCCCCUCUCUUCUUCCCCUACUUCUUUGCUUAUUAUUCAUUCGGAAAAAGGACCCUGGCCAGGCACCGACCGGACCGGAUGCACGUGGCAUGUCGUGAGAGGUGUCCAGGUUAGUGGGCUAAAGUGGUGUCAGCCAUUUCUUUUGCUUUUUUGCUCAUGCGACCAUGCAUGGGGGGUGGAGGGGAUGGGGAUGAGGCGGGGGACUAGGUAAUAUAUAACAAGGAAUCAUUGAUCGGUGUCUACCUGAGGUCUGGGAGGAUGAUAUACUGUAGAUAGCUUACGCAAACGUUUCGCUGUGUCAGUUUAGCUAGAGCCAAGUUAGUCAGGUACCUAGGAACCAUAUAUACAUACUAUAC